AUGGAGCUCCCCUUUGCUCAGAUAAGUCCCCAAGAUUUGACUAGCAGGAGCUGCCAGGACUUGGACAUGCUUCUGCAGCCCAGAUCCCAGACUCUGGAGGCCGAAGAGACCCAGCCCAGCCCCAGGGCUCUGGCUAUCAAGGCUUUGGUGAGUGGAAACUUGGUGGAAUGCAGCCCCUUCAUCUGCUCCCACCCUUCCUUGGGUGUCUCUCAAUGCCCGGAGGCUGCCUCCAGUUCAGAAGGAGCUGGAAAGGCUGAGGAUGUACUUGGGGAAGAAGGCUUGACCCUACAGGCCGAGACCCGGGCUUGGUUCCAGAAAACCCAGGCCCAUUGGCUCUUGCAACACGGGGCAGCCCCCACUUGGUUCCAUGGCUUCAUCACCCGGAGGGAGGCCGAAAGACUGCUUGAGACCAAGCCUCAGGGAUGCUUCUUGGUGCGGUUCAGCGAGAGCGCCAUUACCUUUGUGCUGACUUACAGGAGCCGGACUUGCUGCCGCCACUUUCUACUGGCCCAGCUCGGGGACGGUCGCCACGUGGUGCUGGGCGAGGACAGCGCCCACGCGCGACUGCAGGACCUGCUGCGACACUACACUGCGUGCCCGCUCAGCCCCUACGGAGAAAAGCUCACCGAACCCUGUGCCCGCCAGACUCCUGAGCCCGCAGGACUUUCCUUGAGAACUGAAGAAACAGACUCUGAAAGCAAAAUCCAGAACCCAAACCCUCAAUAUAGUGCAAUCCUCAAACAAGGACAGGCCUCAACCCCACGGCAGAAAGAAGGGACCGGGGAGUCAAAGGAGAGGUCCCAGCCGCCCAGACCCAAACCUCCCAUCCCGGCCAAACCUCGGCUGUCCCCUGAUGUCUACGCAAGCCCGGCUCCACGACCCCUCCCGGCCCCGCCUCCCAAACCUUCCAAUCCCAUCUACCAGGAGCUUGAUGAGCCCAUAGCUUUCUACGCUAUGGGCCGGGGCAGCCCCGGGGAAGCCCCAAGCAACAUUUAUGCUGAGGUGGAGGGGCCCUCAGGGGGUGAGGGUCCUCAGCCCAUCGUGGGGCAUUUGGGCCUACGGAAAUGCCGGUCCAGGCCUGUCCCAGGAGGCCAGAAUUCAGGUGGCCCACAGUUGCAUUCUGAGAAUUCUAGGACUGGACAAGUUCCACCCCUACCUCACCAGCCCCCGCCUCCUCGGGUAUACACCCUCCCCCACAACCUUUCUAAACAAGUGCUCCAGGAUCAGGAACAGACAUGGCUCCCCCUGGGACCUCCUCAGUAG